AUGUGCUCCAAAGACUUUAAAAAUCUCUAUGCUUCUUUCCUAGAUUCUCAAAAAACGUGGAAAUGUGCAAGUGAAAUUGGUCAUAUUUACUCCAUCUAUACUGUAGACAACGAAAUCAAUCGCACAGAUCACGUGACCACAAUUGGAGAUUACCUUCGUUCUGUGGCACUGCCACCACCUCCUUCAAAAGAGGAAAAUAACGCUGGUGUACUACAUUUCCCAAGCCCUGUUGAUCGUAAACCUUCAACCGAUCCUCCAAAGUGUGUUGUACCUUCGCAUAGAGCUAUUGUGGCCACCUCUUCACCGUCAGCUUCUUUAUCCUCCAAAGAUAACUGUCGUGACGUGAAGUUUUUGCAAAAAAGAGCAUAUGAAGCACAAAUUGCCAGGGAAGAAGCGAUGACGAAAUACUAUCAAUUGAAGAUGAAAAAAUUGGAGUUGGAAAUAGAGCAGCUUCAGCAGCAUAAAACAAGAUUUGAUAACGAAGACAGUAGUACUUCUGGAUGA